CGGAAACAAAUCUGAUCCCGCUUUCAUGAUUCACAAAUCAUGAAACAUGAAAGUCGGUCAUUUUAUGAAAACAUGAUCACGAAUCUUUAUUGUCGGAUCCGAGCAACUAAUAUUAUGAUUCGGUGCAACCAUUUUCAUGAGCUCGAAAUCAUGAAAAUUAUCAAGCGUUACGCGUAUCUGUCAAAACGUGGUCAUUCAAUGUGCGGCAUCGUUUGUGAAUGGUGGAAAAAAUUGUAUUGUUAGCAGAAGCCUUCUCCUAAAGAAACCGGUAAGUAUAAAAAAAGUGCCAAAAAUGUACUUAUUUCUAAAUAACAUCCGAUUGCACGCCAUCGUUCUCGUUCUAGUUAAAACGACUGCGGCUGUCAUCCCUCGCGCCGGAUCCGUCCAAUCCCGUUCCGGCUUCGUCCGUUUCUGUCGACGCAGACGCAUCCUAUUGCACGCCAUCAUUCCCGUUCUACCGCAAACGACUGCGGCUGUCAUCCCUCGCCCCGGAUCCGUCCAAUCCCGUUCCGGCUUCGUCCGUUUCUGUCGACGCAGACGCAUCCUAUUGCACGCCAUCAUUCCCGUUCUACCACAAACGACGGCGGCUGUCAUCCUUCGCCCCGGAUCCGUCCAAUUCCGGCUUCGUUCGUUUCUGUCCGGCGUCAAACGACACCAGUCCCGUCCCGAGUUAUCGUUUCUGCAGCACCAAACGACGCAGGCACCGUCCGAUUCCAUUUCGUGCCGGCCCGACUGCAUCAAUCCGUGCCGUGCCUCUUCAUUGCUCGCCCCGUACCUGUUCGAUCCCGUUCCGGCUCGGUCAAACGACGGAAUAUUACCGACCCUGUUCUGACUCCGCCGUCUCCGUCGAAAGUCUUUGUUUCGUGGCAAGUGAAUUUUAUUUAUAAUCUUUCUUUUUGCGAAAUUGAAACUAAGGGAUCGUUCAUAAAUCACGUAGACGUAGAGAGGCGCUUUCCCGACUUUCCCGUACCAGUUCGAUCCCGUUCCGGCUCGGUCAAACGACGGAAUACCACCGACCCUGUUCUGACUCCGCCGUCUCCGUCGAAAGUCUUUGUUUCGUGGUAAGUGAAUUCUUUGAUUGUAUUUUUUUUGCGAAAUUAAAACUAAGGGGUCGUUUAUAAAUUACGUAGACUUUUUGGGGAAAGGGGGGGGGGGUCUGCCCAAAGUCUACGCCAAAAAUUUACGUAUAUAUAUAUCCUCAUGAGUAUCGUGCGAGAAACUAAAUUUCAAUACAUAGCAUAGUAGGGUACGGGACUAUUUGGGCCGGGGGUCCUAUUUUGGUCACUUUCCGCUAUAACUCAAAUUUAGGCCAUUGACCUAAUUAGAUACGUACACUCUAAUAUUGAUUGAUAAGAUUAGAUACGUACAGUAUCUAGCCGUGUAGAAAAAUUCAAAUAGAUUGAUAUGAAAUUAAAGGAGUUAUAGCGGGAAGUAUCCAAAAUAGUAACCUUACCGUGGAUAACUAAUGAAUUCAUCCAGAAAAAAAAUCAAAGCUAAAUAGUAGGUUU